AUGGCCUCGCAAGACUCGGCUACAUCCCCGCCGCCCGCAUUGCCUCCUGCCCUACCUGCCAACCCACCGGCCGCACCCACUUUCGUCACGCUUCCCGCCGUGAAAGAGCCUGGUGUCUUCUCGGGCCUCGAAGGUUCUGACGUCGACCAAUGGCUGCGCCUCCCAGACCACUCUGCCCCUCCUGCCCACUUCGCCCCUCCAGCCCACUUCGCCCCUCCGGCCCACUACGCCCCUCCGGCCCACUACGCCCCUCCGGCCCACUUUGCCCCUCAGGCCUACUCUUCCCAUCAGGACCACUUUGCCCCCCACGAUCCCCACUACUCCCGCUCUCCCUCACCCCACCGUCGCCAGUCCCGUUCGCCUCAGCCUCGACGACCACCUUCCCCCGCUCCCCCACGACGUUCGCCGACGGAAAACUAA